GCGUAAAUUGUUGUUGUUGGCCUUAAUAGCAAUUAAACUAGUUAGAAGUGCUUGUAAUCUCUUGGAAUACAAAACUGAAUAGAGCAUUAGAAUGUAAUCACGCACAGCUUGGGGCAAACGACUGAGCGACAGACAAAGCGACGAAGCGACCGAUUGAAAAUCGAUUAUUGCGGUUAUUACUAUCCGCGGUUCGGUUGUCCCAUCCGGCCGCCCCAUCGGAAGUGUCAAUGAAACCAAUUUUCGCGACUAUAAAUAGUUGUUGGCAGCGAGACCGUCAUAGACCUAAAUUCUCGAUUGAGUCAGAGACAGGGACAAUGCAGUUAGCAUUGGCAUGACAGCGAAAAAAGCAAAACAAAAGGGUUGAAAGAAAAUAAAAAUGCGCACUAAUUCAAUUAGCGAGCCAGCAGCCGACAGAGCUUUUGCCUCCAAAACCAAUAGGCAAGCUUCAAACUGGCGAAAAUGCUGAACUGCAACGGACGCAGUUGCUCGUUGGGAACGCAAACAAAACGCCGAGCGCAGUAAAUGAGUCAACUACAGCAAUCGGAGGCGCCACAGCUGCAGCAGCAGCAGCAGCAGCAGUCGCAGUCGCAUGGACAUGGACAUGGACAUGGACAUGGACUCAACGAUUUGCGCAAUCUCUGCCAGCGUUGGUCAGAUGUCGACAGUCUGCGCGCUAAAUUGCCUGCGCUGCCGCAGCUCAAGUUGCCCAAAUCGCUGCCCAAGCUGCGAGGAGCGCGCCGCUUGCUGCAGCGUGGCGCCAAAAGCGGCAGCAGCAGCAACAACAACAAUGGCGGCGACAAGGGCACGGGCACGCCCACACCAAAGCCAGCGGUAAGCUUGGCAGUGCCGUUGCCUCAGGCGCAGUUUAUCAAUCGCACGCCGCAGCGCAUCAGCACGAUAAGCUCGCUAAUGUAUGAAGAAGAGGAAGAGAAGCAGCUGGCGCCCAACGUGAGCAGCACUUACCGCAGCGCCAAUAGCCUGGACGACGACUAUUAUGCGCCUUAUAGCAGCGCAGCGCGUGUCUCGCGGCCCAUAAGUCCCGUUAAGAUGCCAGCAGCAGCAGCAGCAAGCGGCGGUGAAGCAGCGCAGUCGACGUUCGGUCAGCGUCUGCAGCGCGGCGUCAAGAGCUUAAGCGAGCUGCGCUUGCGGCAGCUGUUUGCCAAGCAGACAACAGUGCGUUGCGAUAAUAUCGAGGUGCAGCAUUAUGUGCAACAAUAUGAGGCAGAUCGACGCGUUGAGCAGCAGGCGCAAGCGCAGCGCGAUUCCCAAAUUGCAGACAACUAUCAGAUACAAAUACAAACGCUGGAGCAGGAGGAGUCAGAGUCGAAGCAACAGCCGCAGCAGCAGCAGCGACGCGGCAGCGAUUCAGAUGAGAGUGGACUGGAGCAGCAGUUGACGCCGCCGCCAGCGCCAGCGCAACGUGGCAAGAAGCAAGGCAUAGCGGCAAGCAGAUUUGCCAAAGUACGUCAGCCGCCGCUUGAGAUGCCCACAGAGGCGGCGGCGGCGUCUGCGCAGUCGCAGUCGCCAGUGGAGUCGCCAGCGUCGCAGCCACGACUUACCAAGCAGCAAGCGCUCCGGCAACAGUUAAAAACUUGGCGUAAAUCGCUGCAGCCAGCGCAGUCGCAGUCGCAAUCGCAGCCUGAGUCAGCGACGACGUCGACGUCAACGCUGCGCAGCCGUCUGCAGCAGCGUUUCGCAGGCAACGAGCAGCUGCAGCAGCGUUGGCGCAAAAGUUUCAAGCGACGCAGCGCAGCGGGCGCGAAUUUCAUGCAACAAACGAAAACGAAGCUAAAUGAAAAGCUGCAGCAGCUCAAGUUGCUGCCACACGGACGCGCCGCAGCAGCAGCAGCAGCAGCAGCGGCGGCGGCGGCAGCAGCGCCCAAACCGAAUACAGUGGGUCAUGAGCCAGUGGAUAUCGAUGAUGAUGAGGAGCUGCCAGCAACUUAUCAUCGCAGCGACAGCAGCAGCAGCAGCGAUGGCAGUGGCAGCCUCAGCAGUUGCGAGCAGAGCGCUGAAGUGUUUGGCGAACUGGAAGUGACGUCACAGCAGCAGCAGCAGCAGCAGCAGCUGAGCACUGCUUGGAGCAGCGAGUCCUUCGAGGAUGCUGAGCAGCAUGCCCAAGACUAUCCGCGAGUGUUGAUACAUCAGCAACAUACCGACGCCUUCGAGUCGACGCUGAUCAUAGCUGUGGCCACAACGCCUUCGCCUAAGCAAGCAGCGCAGUCGCAGUCGCAGUCGCCAUUGCCGUCGCAAUCGCAAUCGCAGUGGCUGCCCAACUCUGAAAUCAUUGCUGGCUUCAAGCAGCAGUCGGCGCCCGGAGCUUGGCCAGCACCUGCUCUUUAUAAGCCCAAGAGCGUGGACAUUUUCGAGCGCGUCGAUGAUGCCGCCGCCGCCUUUGCGGACUUUGAUGAAGCGCUGCGCAAUGCGCCGGUGCUGCGCAUCAGCAGCGCUGCUGCUACUGCCGCUGCCGCUGCCGACAGCAGCUGCGACAGCGACGAGGCAGAGGAGGACGACAGCAGCAGCAUUUUGACCAAAAUACGCGCCCAGGACAAUAGCUGCGAGAGCUUAAUGGAGCAGCAGCCAUUGCAGCUGGAGGAUGAGCCUGAUGCAGAGGCAGAGCGUCCGCCUUCCGCUUCACCGCCGCCACCGCCGCUGCCGCUACGUCGUGCGCCUGCAUUGCCGCGCCCAGCAGUGCGACCUGUGCUGCCGCCGCUAGCGCUGCCCGCACGCAGCGCUUCGAUGCAGCAGCGUCCCUGCAAGCCGCUGGUCAAGACCAGCUCGCUGCGUCUCACCUACAACGAGCGCAUGCAUCCCGCGGAUGUGGGCAAGGUCAACAAAUUGAUCUCGCGCUUCGAGGGCGCGCCAACAACGCGUCGCUGCCCGCGCCGACUGCACAGCGCCGAGGACUAUGAGUUCAGCUUUAGCAGCAUGACAACGUUGGCUGCGCCAGCUCCAACUCCAACUCCAACUCCAGCUGCAGAGCUGACGCCCACUAACAAGCCCAUACCACAUAUAGUUACCACAGCAGAUAAUCUCAACAACAACAAUCUGAGCAACGAUCAGAGCUUGGAUCGUCAGAAUUCGAAUUGCAGUCGCAGCAGCGAAUAUGGCUCGCCGCUUAGCUUUGCCACACAGCAGCGACGCAGCGUUACGCCAGUGGCGGCAGCAGCAGCAGCAGCAGCAGCGACGAGUGCAACAAACGCUUUGGCACCGCUUGCAACGCGUCGCAGUCGACGCUCCAUGACGCGCGACGAUGACAACUUUUAUAGCUUUGAUAGCGAUGAAGAGAACAGCUAUUAUUCCAUAAGUCCAUCGAGCAGCAGUCGCUACGUCGUGGAAAUUUGAAAGCAAUCAAACCAAAAAGCAACUUCAACUUAAGUUGUUUGUUUUUUUUUUUUUUAUAUAUAAGCUAGCUAUAAAUGUAAACACUACUUAAAUUGGCAAUCAAAUUAAUGCAUGU